CCCCGGACCACCGAGCCUACACUUCCGUUCCCGCUGCUCCGGGAUUGUCGGAUCUGAAAUUCAUGUGAGAACGUGAACAUCGUGGCCUGAGGGUUCCAACGGACCUUGAUCAGAUAGAUCCUUUGAAGAGCGAGAAGCAGUCGGUACACACUUAGUGGACUGGAGCGUAGCUUAUAAAGACAACUUGUACCUACCAAACCUGCUACUCAUCAAGGGCUAAUUGGGAAAGUACGUCGCUGUCAUCAGAAAUAUGGAUAAUAUGGAACCUGAAUAUGUAGAAACUGAAAAAAUGGAAACUGAAAAUAUGGAAUCAGAAAAUAUGGAAACUGAAACUAUUUCAUCAGUUUCAACUCUGCAAGCUCUCUCUAAGCUACUUUAUCCUGAAGAAGAGGGUGAUUUUGAGUCUGAACAGUCUAAUUAUUUAUCUGCGAUCGGAGCCAUGGGUCCUGGGGAUAUUGGACCACCAAAAACAGAAGAGAGUAAAGUCAUCCCUCAAACCAGUGAUGAAACUAACGAGGCCAUCUGGAAUCCAGAAGAAGUUCCAGAAGGAGCAGAGCAUGCUGACACAUGGGAUGCUAGAGAAAUACCAGAGUAUGAUAUCAUAUACAAACAGCAGGUGGGAACUGAGGAUGUAUUCCUAGGAUUGAUGAAAAAAGAUUCUUCAACAGCAUGUUGUGAGGAUCUAGUGGUUAAAAUUAAACUGCCAAAUACAAACCCUUCUGAUAUUGAAAUUAAUAUCCAAGAAAUGAUCCUUGACCUUCGUACUCCUGAUAAGAAACUGUUGCUGAACUUUCCCCAUCCUGUGGAUUGCAACAGUGCCAAAGCUUUCUAUAUCCUGGAAACUGAAACUCUUGAAGUUACCGUAACUUUGAAAAGAGAGUUGGAUUUUGUUAAUUUCUUCUGAAACUGCAUGAGUAAGGAGGACACGAAGCAAAAUAGCCCUGAUAAAAAAUAAAAAAAUUGAUUAAUGUUUUCUAUCUUCUCCUUAUUAUUCCAAUGUACUUCAGAAAGUCUAAAUACAAUUAUACUGAUAUUCUAGUCAUUUACAGUCAUUUCUGCUACUCUGGUAGAAAAUAUUGUUUUCUCAUACUAAUAAGCUAUUCCAUUUUUAUAGUGAUAGCUGGAUAGAAUUUACAGGUUAACCACUGGACUACUACAUCAUCAAUUAAAUAACUGAGAUAUGACCAUGAAAUGGUUGCUCUACUUAUUUCAGUUGUCUUAAGAACUUAAGUCAGUUAAUUAUACUAUGAUACAAUCAGUUGCAUAGCAACUGGUCAUUAUUAUUACCAGAAAAGUGUAUUUGGUUGUCUUUUCAUUGAUCUGAUCAAAUGAUUUAGUGUUCUCUGUUUAGGCUUUCAUUAUUGUUCUGGAAUAUACAAAUAACAAAGGAUCAUAAAUAGUUGAUGUACCAUAUUAACCACAUGUUUUACCUGAAUCAAAAAUACUCUUGUGCACACAGUAUUAUUUGGCUUCAUCAGUCCUGCUCUCAAUGUUUGGAUCUAAUUAGGUUAAAAAUAUUUUUCUUUUAUGCACUAAUAAUAACAGUGCCUUCAAGAUACUAUAUUUAUACUUAGUAAUUGAGAUCCUUGACAUUUAAAAGGAAUAUAAAGAAAAGUGUGAUGCAUUUACAAAUCCUGUUCUCUCAUUUCCUAUGUUUAUUCUUAAUUGGACAUACCUAUUUUUAUGAAUUAUGCCAAUGCCCUAUACCU